AUGCCGACCUACCUCCUAGCCAUCAAUUGUGGGUCCUCAUCCAUCAAGGCGAAGCUGUACGAGGUUCCUGCAGACAAAGCGGAGCCCCUGGCCGAUGUCGCAUCCCUCAAUGUCAGCAAUAUCAACGCCAAGGGCGAAAAGGUCAAGAUCAAGGUAGUCUGGGCAGAGGGUGUUGAUGGGAAGGAUGUGGAUGAGGAGGGAGAGGACGGAGACAAGGUUGAGCACCUCCACCUCAUACCGCUACUCCUUGACCAGCUCUCCCCUGUGGUCAAAAAUGAAGAUAUCAAAUACGUCACGCACCGAAUUGUUCACGGAGGCACCCACAAGAAAGGCAUCAUGGUUACAAAGGACCAUACUGAAGAUCUGACCGAUAUGGACAAGCUUUCCGACUUUGCCCCGUUACAUAACCAUCACGCUGUUCUCGCUGUACGGUCAUGCCUUGACGCCCUUCCCGAUCACAAGUCUCUGCUUUUGUUCGACACUCUCUUCCACCAAACUAUCCCCGUCGAAACGUAUACGUAUGCGCUGCCGCCCUCCCCUAUCGACCAGCCAAUGCCGCUGCGCAAGUACGGCUUUCACGGCUUGUCCUACGCGUCGAUCGUCGACUCGCUCGCCAAACACUUGAACAAAGAGCCAAGCGCUAUCAACGUGGUGGUGGCGCAUCUUGGCAGCGGUGCAUCGGCAUGUUGCAUUCGCAACGGCAAGAGCAUAGAUACCUCGAUGGGCUUGACGCCCUUGGAGGGGUUGAUUGGGGGGACACGAUGUGGUACCAUCGACCCUACGGCCAUCUUUCACCACACCCCCGACGCCGCCGCAGAUUCUGGGAUGGAGGGUAUGAAGGUUACCAACGCAGAGAUGAUCAUGAACAAAAAAUCUGGUCUACAAGCCUUGGCGGGGACGACCAACUUUGGCACCAUCACCGAGCGUAUGGGCGAUUCAGACGAGGCCCGACUCGCCUACAAUGUCUUUCUCGACCGGCUGCUCGGGUAUGUGUCCCAAUACCUGUGCAAACUCCUUGCGACGACCAAAGACAUUGACGGGAUUGUCUUUUCGGGUGGGAUAGGCGAAAAGUCACAACAGCUCAGAGCAGACGUGCUCGAGCACUUUGCGUGGAUGGGCGUUACCGUUAAAGCGGGGGGUGAUGGUGUGGUGGAGGAGAUUGCCAAUGGCAAGCUGCGCGGGUGGGUUGUCAAGACCGACGAGGAGGGGUGGUGCGCACGUCUCGCUAGGGAUGACUUUGACAUAUGA